AAUCACAGUAUAUGCUGAACUUUUGCUCGCUUUUAAUAACAGUGGAGCAAAAUGUUAAAUUGUAUGCCAUAAACAUAUGUGGCUGUUGCAGCAAAAUCAGCUGUUAUUGUGUUGUACGCUGACUAUUUUGCUUUGUGCUGUUCCUAAAGUUAUUUCAAAUGAAAAUAAACUAUUAAAAUAAACAGACAUUAGAAUGCAGAUAAAGCCAAUCAUAACUUAUUCUGGCUCAUUUCCACUUUUUCGGUCGCUUGAAUCGCAAAUCCUAAAUGCGAUUCCCUUGGACACAUGCGAGUGGCGACGCACUUUUCAAAGACCAACAAAACAUGUACGCUUGGAGGCGCAAACCCAGCAGUUUAGUGUGGAGCCACUGGAGAGAUAUAAACGCGGUGAAUGGAGCAUUUUGGAGCAUCCCAUUUUGCACAUAUUUGUCACGGAGUGUAAUGACAUCGACACUUACAAGGCUACAAUAAGAGAAGAAAUUGAUGCCUGGCUUAAGCUGUUGAGCAGCUAUGGCAUCUCCGAUUGGAUGAUUUUGCUGGUGGAGACGCUAGAUAUGCGCAAGACAAAAAACUUACUGCCUCGUACAACAGUGCUGGAUAAGAUACGUUUAGAUUUUGGCAGUAAAAACGAUGAUCGUUGCAUUUCCGUAUUGAAUCCAGCCAAAUUUGAGCAGAAAUCUACGGAAUCCUUUCGCUGCUUGGUACAUCGCAUACGGUUCCUUAUGCUCACUAGCUUUAAUCGCAACAUUGCCAAGUACGAGGAGCUGAUACGCAGCAAGCGGGAGAAACGUAAUCACGAUGAUUGGGAUUUUCGACAAUAUUUCUUUAUGCAGGAGGAUUUGGCACUGAUAUUCGAGAAACUGGAAUUGCCCACAGAGGCGCUUAUACAAUACGACGAACUGGAUGCAAUGUUCUCGCAGUUCAUCACGCACACGGGCUUCAACGAGAAGCAACAGUGGCUGACAUACUUUAAGCGUCCGCUUAGCGCUUUCCAUGGCAUCUGUUUGAGCCGCGUCGACAAGUUCGAGAUGCGACAAAAAAUACGAAACGAGGGCGUUUCACUGCUGGAAUUCCGCAACUAUUUGUUUGAGCGCCAGGCCUAUCUGCUGCUCACAUGCAAUGAGAUACCGGAGAUUGCGAAACGACUGUUAGGUUUUCUUUUCUCCACGUUGCGUGAAGUCGAGUAUAUAAAGCUGGACUGCCAGGAGGGCGCACUGUGUUGUUGGGAGUUUGUUUGCGCGCUGGAAGUACUGCAGCUAUGCGAACAGGCCAUGGAACCCAACGAGGUGACCUGCUUCCAGCACUGUGCACCAAUUUGGAACCUGGCCAAGGACAAGCUCUAUGAGCUGGGCAAACUGUGUGGCCUAUUGCCAGGCUGCACGCCCAGCUCCGAGCAGUUGCACAUUGUGGUGCAACUCUCCUCGGGUAUUGGCGAUGCGCCGCCGCAACAGCAGUUUCUUCAGGCCAUGCCGCAAUUGCGAGAUCGUUCGCCCAAUCGCAAGCCCAAACUAUCGGCGGCGCAACAGCUUAAGGAGGCAUUGGGCUCAAAUCAGACAUUCCAAAAGCUAUAUCUCGAGCUGGCUGAGCUGGCAAUUAGCACGUACAAGCAUGUGACGCGAUUGCGCUCUGCCCGACUGGUUGGUCUGGAUUUGGGAAAAUUCUACUGUGCUUUGAAUGAGCCACACAAGGCGGUGGGUUUCUUUACUGAUUUGUUGCGGGAACUGAAGGCGGAGAAUUGGCAUAUGCUCAGCUCACAGACGCUGCUAGAGCUGGCCAAUUGCUAUCGCAAAAUGGGCGACUCGCUCGCCUACACCAAAACCUGCAGCUCAAUUUCCUGCUGCGCCGAGUUGGAGACACUUGUGCGCACUUUUUACUUUGACGAGUUUCUCAAAUCGUUGAAAACUCUUAAGACAACGCUGUCGGCACAGCCAUCCGUAGAGAAUGCCAACUAUUGUGUGCUGGAGGAUCAUUUUCGAAUAGUGGACAUCGAGGUGCACAAUACGAAGACCAUUAUACAAGAUGAUCAUCUGCUGGUGCAGCUGAAGGUGGAAAGUCUGUAUCCGCGUGAGAUUGUGGCCGAGUGCAUAAAGCUGUGCUAUGAACUGCAUGUGACACCCGAGUUGGAGACAGGUAUACAGGAAGUUUCUCUGGUACCUGCACAGCACAGGGAGUGUGAAUCGCGGCUAAAAGUCUCUUUGCAACUUUUUCAUAAGCAAGACAAUACGCUCAGCAGCGCUUCGGUGGUCUGUGACACGCCCAAGACUAAGCAACCGGUGCGACGCACCAGCAGCACCAAGCGCAAACUCUCACCCAGCAUCCAAGCGGAUUUCACAAACAUUGUGCAGAUCGAGAACAUGGCAUUGCAGCCGGGCAUUAAUCUUGUAGAGCUAAAGGGGAAGGCGACUCGUGUGGGACGUUGGCAGUUUAAGCAAGUGUGUCUAACUAUGUCCAGCCUGGAGUUUCUCUCGGAGCAGUUGCCAUUUAGUGCGCAGCCGCCGAGCUUUGAGAUUUGCACCAAGCCGGCGAGUGCCUCACUGGAAUUUAAGACGCUCAUCGCAGGCAUUGUGCAGCCCAUUAAUUUGCAUGUGGCCGGCGGCAGUUUCAUCUUUCCAGCAGAUGCAAAGGUCACGUUGCGCUGCUCCAAGAAUCUGCGCAUACGGCAGGCUUUGGAGCCAAAUGCGCCGGCCAGCAAUACCGAUGCCAACUUUGAGAAUGUGCUGCAAGUGCCGCUGUUGCAGUUUAAGUCGUUCGAGGAGCGUCGCAUUCCGCUGGAGGUUCUUACCGAUAUGCCUGGUCGCAAAAUGGCCAAACAACAUGAGCAUCACGUAACACUCAGCUGCCCUUGGUCGCGCAACGACCUUCAAAUACCCAUUGAGUUUCAGCCCGCCAUGGAAGCCACUUGCCGUCUACACACGUGCGGCACACAAAAGUUCCUGCAGGUCAUUAUGAAGGGUCUGGAUGCACGACUAUUGCUGCAGCACGCCAAAGUUAAGUGUGAUGUGACCGGCGUGCGUCUGCUGGAUCUCAAUCCCGAGUCACAAGAACCAAUUGAAAUUUAUAAAUCUUUGACGGUCACCUAUCUAUAUGAGAUACAAGUGGAGCCUCUAAAAACCGAACACGAGCUGCCCAUUGUUAAGGUGCACUUUGUGGUCAAGUAUGCAACUCUGUCACAGCCGCAUAUCUGGCGCAAUUAUGGUUGUGCCUUUGAUUUGGUCGAAUACUCCACGCUCUUCAAGCUGCAGGCACAGUUGGAACCGAACGAGUUGUGCCGCCUGCGCACCGUUUGCAAUUUGAAUCUGAAGAUUACCAAGAUCAAUGAGAAUCCGUAUGUAGAUCUCAUGUACGAGGUGCUCAAUGAUCAGAAUCUGUGGGCGGUUUGUGGUCGUUCCGCGGGUGUUGUAUCAAUGAAGGAUGUGGACUGUCAUUCGAUAUCGCUGGACGUUAUGCCCCUGAGUACUGGCUUUCUGCCUAUGCCCAGCAUACGCCUGUCCAAGUACACAGCUGGGGGCAAGAACAAAGCCGAUGCCCACUCCAGGGUGCAUCCGUUUCCUCCCGGCCAGGUCUACAACUCGACCAAGAGCAUGCAGAUCCAUGUUAUAGCGAGUGUCAGCGGUGACCAGUGAUCAGUCAAAUGUAUAUAGCCAAGUAUUAUUUAUUGCAAUAAGCACUGAUUUGUUAAUUAGACUAACAUAAAAUAGAUAGAUCGAAAGACACUA